AUGGCACCAGCAGGCCAAACCACUUACCAAAAGGACGAAAGAGUCCUCUGCUUUCAUCAUGAGAUUCUGUACGAGGCAAAGAUCCUCGAACUUCGACACACAGAUCCGGAUGACCGGAAAAGUCCAUACGAGUAUUUAGUCCAUUACAAAGGCUGGAAAAACACUUGGGACGACUGGGUGCCUCAAGAUCGCCUUCGUAAAUUCACGGAGGAGAAUAGAGAGUUGGCUACCACCCUUCGUCGGGAGGCUGAGGCUGCGCUUCGCCAGAAGAGCACGAAACCCUCUGUUAAGAAGAGGGGAGGAUCCGACCGCAGUUCGGCUCGUGGAAGUGAAGAAAGACAGACGUCCGUUCCAGGCCGAGGAACUAAGAGGGCGAGAGAUAAUGAUGUUGAAAAGGAGGAGAGUUUCUACACCCGGCCAUCAGUGAGAAUUGUGAUGCCAGACAAUCUCAAGUCGCUUCUUGUCGAUGAUUGGGAAAAUGUCACAAAAAACCAGCAAGUGGUGGCGUUGCCAGCUAAGAGCUCGGUCAAUCAAAUCUUGGAUGACUAUCUCAAGGAAGAGAAGCCAAAGCGUACUGGAUCAUCUGAUCUAGAUGUCUUGGAGGAAGUAAUCAUGGGCGUUCGCGAUUAUUUCGACAAGUCCUUAGAUAAGAUUCUUCUCUACAGAUUCGAGCGUGAGCAGUAUCGUGUUCUCCGUAAGAGGUGGGAGUCCGAGACUGCGGACAAAGGACCCCUUGAUAUCUACGGCGCGGAACAUUUAACACGUCUUUUUGCCACGAUGCCCGAGCUCAUUGCGCAAACAAACAUGGACCUCCAGUCUACUAACAGACUCCGCGAAGAACUCUCAAAGUUCACAAUUUGGCUGAGCAAAAAUUCUAAUAACUAUUUUGCAACAAAAUACAUGACUGCCAGCAACGAGUAUGUCGAGAAAUCUCGCGGAGUACCGAAUCCAACUCCUGGGACUGCCACCUCACGCCUGGUUUAA